GAAGCGGGAGGGCCUUCGAGCCAGGAAGUGAGAGGACAAGAGAGGGACACGGCCCCCUUUUAUUCCCUCGCCCUCUACGUUAAUAGGCUACAGCGCCAGUGUUACAGGUUUACCUCUCGGACUGACUGAAGAUGAGUAAUUUGGAGAAAGAGAAGAGAUCAGAGUCUCCAGUAUCCGGUGGUAUGUCUAUGCAGAGUGACCGAUCCAAAGAGUUCAAUCCUCCAGCCUUCAGUAAUGAACCAGGACCCUCAGGGAAAAAAGAGAAGAGGAGAGGUGUGUCUGUGGAGGAGCAGCUGUCCAGCUGUGCUCUGUGUCAGGACGUCCUGAAGGAUCCAGUCUCUACCAGCUGUGGACACUGGUUCUGCAGAAAGUGCAUCACCUCAUACUGGGACCAGUCUGGUUCUUCAGGAGACUCCUCCUGUCCCCAGUGUGGAAAAAGACCCAGAACAAGACCUAGACUGCAGACAGCCAGUCAGACCAGCACUGAACAAACAGAUAGUGGUCUGCAGGAGGUUUUAGAUCAAUAUAAGAUCAGUCUGAGGAGCAGAUGUGAACAUGUGACUGAAGGAACUGAUGGAACAGGAAGUGGAACCCUCCUCAACAGGAUCUUCACUGAGCUCCACAUCACAGAGGGACAGAGUGAAGAGGUUAAUACCCAACAUGAGGUGAGGCAGCUGGAGACAACUUCCAAGAUGGAGACCCUCCAUGACGCUCCAAUCAGGUGCCACGACAUCUUUAAAGUCUUACCUGAGCAACAGAGAGAAGACGUCUCUAAAGUCUCACCUGACCAGCAGAGACCCAUCAGAGUGGUUCUGACCAACGGCGUCGCUGGCGUUGGAAAAACCUUCUCGGUGCAGAAGUUCUCUCUGGACUGGGCAGAGGGCUUGGAGAACCAAGAUGUCAGUCUGCUGGUUCUGCUUUCGUUCAGGGAGCUGAACCUGAUCAGAGAUCAGCAGUACAGUCUUCUCAGGCUGCUCCAUGUUUUCCAUCCAACAUUACAGAAGGUCACAGCAGAGCAGCUCGCUGUCUGUAAAGUUCUGUUCAUCUUUGACGGCCUGGAUGAAAGCAGACUGUCACUGGAUUUCAACAGCAGGGAGUUUGUGUCUGAUGUCACACAGGAGUCAUCAGUCAACGUGCUGCUGACAAACCUCAUCAGGGGGAAUCUGCUUCCCUCGGCUCUGGUCUGGAUAACUUCCAGACCUGCGGCGGCCAAUCAGAUCCCUCCUACAUGUGUGGACAGGGUAACAGAAGUACGAGGCUUCACUGAUGCCCAGAAGGAGGAGUACUUCAGGAGGAGAUCCAGUGAUGAAGAGCUGUCCAGCAGAAUCAUCUCACACAUCAAGACGUCCAGGAGCCUCCACAUCAUGUGUCAAGUCCCAGUCUUCUGCUGGAUCACUGCUACAGUUCUGGAGCACAUGUUGACCACAGACCAGAGAGGAGAGCUGCCCCAGACCCUGACUGACCUGUUCUCACACUUCCUGCUGGUUCAGACACAGAGGAAGAAGAACAAGUACCAUGAGGGACGUGAGACGAGUCCACAGAAGCUGACGGAGGCUGACGGGGAAGUUCUUCUGAAGCUGGGGAGGCUGGCGUUUGAACAUCUGGAGAAAGGAAACAUCAUGUUCUACCAAGAAGACCUGGAGCAGUGUGGUCUUGAUGUCACAGAGGCCUCGGUGUACUCAGGACUUUGUACUGAGAUCUUCAGAAGAGAGAGUGUGAUCUUCCAGAAAACAGUCUACUGCUUUGUUCAUCUGAGCGUUCAGGAGUUUCUGGCUGCAGUCUACAUGUUCCACUGUUACACCAACAGGAAGACGGAGGUCCUGAAGAACUUCCUGGGGAAACAACAUGUUGAUUUAGCCCUGGAUGACUUCCUGAGGUUAGCCAUGGAGAAAUCCCUCCAAAGUAAAAAUGGUCACCUGGACCUGUUUGUUCGCUUCCUUCAUGGCCUCUCUCUGGAGUCCAACCAGAGACUCUUAGGAGGUCUGCUGGGUCAGACAGAGAACAGUCCAGAAACCAUCCAGAGAGCCAUCAACAACCUGAAGGAGAUGAACAGAGAGGAUAUCUCUCCUGACAGAAGCAUCAACAUCUUCCACUGUCUGAUGGAGAUGAAGGAUCACUCAGUUCAUCAGGAGAUCCAAGAGUUCCUGAAGUCAGAGAACAGAUCAGAGAAGAAACUCUCUGAGAUCCACUGCUCAGCUCUGGCCUACAUGCUGCAGAUGUCAGAGGAGGUUCUGGAAGAGUUGGACCUAGAGAAGUACAAGACAUCAUUGAAGGGACAACGGAGACUGAUCCCAGCUGUGAGGAACUGCAGAAAGGCUCGUCUUUCUUAUUGUGGACUCUCAGAGACUCACUGUGAAGUCGUGGCCUCAGCUCUGAAGUCCAACCCCUCCCAUCUGAGAGAACUGGACCUGACUGGAAACAACCUGAAGGAUUCAGGAGUGAAGCUUCUGUCUGCUGGACUGGAGAGUCCAAACUGUAGACUGGAGACUCUGAGAUUGAAGCGCUGCAGGUUGUCAGAGAUCAGCUGUUCUUCUCUGGCCUCAGCUCUGAAGUCCAACCCCUCCCAUCUGAGACACCUGGACCUGAGCGACAACAAGCUGCAGGAUUCAGGAGUGAAGGGUCUGUGUGGUUUUCUGGAGAGUCCAGACUGUCGACUGGAGACUCUGAGACUGAGGUUCUGCAGGUUGUCAGAGAUCAGCUGUUCUUCUCUGGCCUCAGCUCUGAAGUCCAACCCCUCCCACCUGAGAGAACUGGACCUGAGUGGAAACUGGGACCUGCAGGAUUCAGGAGUGAAGGGUCUGUGUGGUUUUCUGGAGAGUCACGACUGUCGACUGGAGACUCUGAGAUUGAGGAACUGCAGUUUGUCAGAGAUCAGCUGUUCUUCUCUGGCCUCAGCUCUGAAGUCCAACCCCUCCCACCUGAGAGAACUGGACCUGAGCUACAACAAGCUGCAGGAUUCAGGAGUGAAGGGUCUGUGUGGUUUUCUGGAGAGUCCAGACUGUCGACUGGAGACUCUGAGUUUGAAGUUCUGCAUGUUGUCAGAGAUCAGCUGUUCUCUGGCCUCAGCUCUGAAGUCCAACCCCUCCCACCUGAGAGAACUGGACCUGAGUCACAACAAGCUGCAGGAUUCAGGAGUGAAGGAGCUGUUUGAUCUCCUGAAGAGUCCAGACUGUCGACUGGAGACUCUGAGAGUCAACGGCAGGGAGAUUAAAGCUUCCACAGACAAAGCCUUGAGUGUGCAGCCUGCUGCUGAAAAAGGAGAUCUGCUCUCAGAGGGCCCGUCAUCGUUACAUCAAGGUGACUCUGAUGUCAAACUGGACACGAACACAACAGAGACAAAGCUGGACGUGUCUGAGGACGACACCAGGCUGAUGAAGCCUCCAUCAAGCUUCACGCCUGAACUGAAAACUGCAUCUACACAAGUGUCAUACAGGUUCAGGUGUCCUGGUCCGGGCGGGUUCCAGUGUACUUCUACUGGACUGGUAUUUGUGAUGGCUCAGGAGGCGGAGCUGCUCUACAGGAUCGUCCAAUGGGAUGAGACGCUCCUCAAAUCUGCCGGCAAGACGGCUGCAGGGCCGCUGUUCGAUAUCCAGUGUCCCGAGGACGCUGUCCGUCAGCUCCACCUCCCACACUGUGAAACUAAGGAUGCUCUGCUCUCUGAAGGUCUGCUGUCUGUCGUCCACAUCACCGAUGACGGAAUGAGCGUCCUCGAACCGCUGGAGAUCACAGACACUCAUGUGAUCGUCAAAGUCCCUCAUCUCUCUGCCUUCGGCCUAGCCUGGGUUUCGGAGGUUUUAUGGAGACUUUGGAACAACGUGCACCCUAUUAGCGGCCAAGUUUUGCUGUUCCUCCGACCACCAAACCCAAAGACACAGAGGCAGAACCUCAAUGUGCUUCUCCUGCCGAGCAACGUCCCUCUGGAAGAGGUGAGCAGAAAACAGCCGAUGUCUGUGUACAUCCCGGCGCCUUCCCAAUGCAAACUCAUUAAAGAUCGAAAUUACACCGCACACUGUCCGACGGCCCAGAAAGUACAGCCUGAGAAAGCAGAGUUUGAUCUGCAUUUUGGACCAAACUACCACCCAACGUUUGAGAUCCGGCUGCCUGCAAACACAGAGCAAGCGACUGUAACCGUCCGAGACCAAACGGAUGCAGAUGUCUGGAAGCACGAGUUUGACCUGACUGGUCCUGAUCCAGCAUGGACUCCUAGUGUCCCAGGAUGGACUCCUAGUUUCCCAGCAGGGACUCCUAGUUUCCCAGGAUGGACUCCGAGUGUCCCAGCAGGGACCCAGAGUGUCCCAGCAGGAACCUCUACUGUCCCAGCAGGGACUCCGAGUGUCCCGGCAGAAGAGAAGCUGAGGUCUGUUCGGACACAGUUCGUCAAAAGAGUGUCUGAACCUGUUCUCCAUAAGCUGCUGGAUAAACUCCUGGAGCCUGGGGUGAUAACUGACGGUGAAAUGGACUGGGUUGUAACACAGAACACACGGGCGGACAAAGCUCGAGCGGUGAUCGACACGGUGCAAAAAAAAGGAUCAGAAGCCAGUUCGGUUCUGAUCGCUGCUCUCUGUGAGGAGGAUUCAUGCCUGUCAACAGAGCUGAACUUAACGUGAAGCAGUAACAGUGUGAAUCAGGGUGUUUGUUCUCUGUUGUUUAACAACGUUUGGUAAAAGACUCUGCAAACAUGAAUCAGGGUUACAUGUACUCUUCUGGUUCACAUGAUAAAUUUAUAUUUCCACAACAAUUAUUACGACAUUACAACAACAGACACGAGUCAAAGGAGAGGUUUAAUUUGAAGGUGGACUCUGUGGACUGUGAAAAUCUCUCCUGCUUUGACUCAUUGAACAUUUGUAUAUUUACACAAAUGUGACUGUAAAGUUAGUGAAUAUGUUUGUUACUGGAGAUUUAAGGUAAAUAAGUUUUUAUGUUCAUUCUCUUUGAUACAACAUCAUCAUCAACAAGCACCAUAUUCUUUACAAAAAUCAAAGUUGCUCUUCAUCCCUGUACUUCUCAAAAUCCACAGUAAAGCACCUUACUGUCAAUUAUUUUCCUUUUUUAUACUUUACUUUGUAUACAUAUAAAUUGUUCUUUUUAAAUAAAAAACUACUUUGUACUCUAUAUAAUUAUGUCUAUGUCUGUU